AUGAAGUUCAUCAACACCAUUCUCGCUUCCAGCCUCCUCCUGACAGGUCUCGCUCUUGGCGCACCACAGCCCGGGCCGGAUGCCGAGCCGCAUGCCGAGCCGCUGCCCGUUCCCGAGUUGCCACACGCGACGGCGAAGGCACCGGCGGCAACUGCGGUCAGUACAACCCCGACCCAAGCAAGCAAUGCUUCUGUAGCGGCGCCAUCGGCGGCCGUGGCCCCGCCUGGAGCGGCAGCAGUAAUGCCUGCGACGAAUGGGCGGGCCAAGUCAUCCCUUCUGGUAGUAAGGUCGAGUUCACGCGCUGGAAUCCCACCAACAAGAUGA